AUGGAGGAACCAACGGCUUACUAUGGCGGUUACUAUGGUGAUUACUAUGGUGGUUACUAUGGUGAUUACUAUGGCGAUUACUAUGACGGUUACUAUGGCGAUUACUAUGGCGAUUACUAUGGCAAUUACUAUGUUGAUUACUAUGGCGAUUACUAUGUUGAUUACUAUGUUGAUUACUAUGUUGGUUACUAUGGCGAUUACUAUGUUGAUUACUAUGUUGGUUACUAUGGCGAUUACUAUGUUGAUUACUAUGUUGAUUACUAUGUUAAUUACUAUGGCGAUUACUAUGUUGAUUACUAUGUUGAUUACUAUGUUGAUUACUAUGGCGAUUACUAUGUUGGUUACUAUGGCGAUUACUAUGGCGAUUACUAUGUUGAUUACUAUGUUGAUUACUAUGUUGGUUACUAUGUUGAUUACUAUGUUGGUUACUAUGUUGAUUACUAUGUUGAUUACUAUGUUGAUUACUAUGGCAAUUACUAUGGCGAUUACUAUGUUGAUUACUAUGUUGAUUACUAUGUUGAUUACUAUGUUGAUUACUAUGUUGAUUACUAUGUUGAUUACUAUGGCGAUUACUAUGUUGAUUACUAUGUUGAUUACUAUGUUGAUUACUAUGUUGAUUACUAUGUUGAUUACUAUGUUGAUUACUAUGGCAAUUACUAUGUUGAUUACUAUGUUGAUUACUAUGUUGAUUACUAUGUUGAUUACUAUGUUGAUUACUAUGUUGAUUACUAUGUUGAUUACUAUGUUGAUUACUAUGGCGAUUACUAUGUUGAUUACUAUGUUGAUUACUAUGUUGAUUACUAUGUUGAUUACUAUGUUGAUUACUAUGGCAAUUACUAUGUUGAUUACUAUGUUGAUUACUAUGGCAAUUACUAUGGCGAUUACUAUGUUGAUUACUAUGUUGAUUACUAUGUUGGUUACUAUGGCGAUUACUAUGUUGAUUACUAUGUUGAUUACUAUGUUGAUUACUAUGUUGAUUACUAUGGCGGUUACUAUGGCGAUUACUAUGGCGAUUACUAUGGCGGUUACUAUGGCGGUUACUAUGGCGAUUACUAUGGUGAUUACUAUGGCGAUUACUAUGUUGAUUACUAUGGCGAUUACUAUGGCGAUUACUAUGGCGAUUACUAUGGCUAUGGACAUGGAUCAAAGUUCUGGUGCCACAUGAGGAAGGGCAGGUGA